GGCAGGCACACUCACGUCUGAGCAGCGAGCUGUCAAUUGGUGACGUUCACACUGAGCUCCCACCCACAUCCAGAGUUUUCUUUACCCAUUGGUCGAUUUCAACGAUUCACACUGGAAUAAGCCAAUCGGAAAUAAAUGCGCGUGGUGUUGACAACUGCCGGAUCCUACGCAUGAUGGAAUUUGAAGUUCAAAGAAGAUUAGAGCUGCAUUUUUCACACUAAAAUGCGCCUGUUCUCUUUUGCUGUCUUUUUCUUUAGUUGUUUGUAUCUGAAAUUGAAAAUGUCAUAAUGUAUGCUACAGAAGUGUAUCUGUGGUAGCCAUAUUCCAUAUAUUAUAGCACAUUCCAUUCAUUUAUCGAUGCAUUCCAUAGAGCCAUUCAUCCAGUUGUUUACAUAGCACACACACACACACGCCUAUCACCCACGACCCCCUGACUGAAGUUCAUGCUUUGAAAUCCAAGAAAAUACAUGAAACUAAAUGUUGCCUACACAUGAUAGGGCGUACCUUAGUGUGAGAAUAUUAUAAGGCCUCUAUGUAUAAUUUGUGUGUAUGAUAUUUCAAUUACCAAAUUACCUCUAUAUAAUGUUUAGUAAUUCAAAAUGUAUUGUUUUUUUUUCAAACAUAUAUUACAUGAAACAUUACAUUCAGGUAUUUCAUUAGAUCUUAAGCAUUUGGAUUGGUUUUACACACUUUGCAACUCAUUAAUGAACGGUCAAUGUAUUAGCCAUGUGAUGCGUGCUGACACAACCCCAUGGUAAUCAUGUGAUACGUCACUGCAACCAUACUAUUUAAUUGCUGUUAGCUGAUCAGCGUGGUCAAAUAUUAUACCUUAGAUCAGACAGCGGGAAUUGAAGAGAGGAGUCACUUGCCCACAUGAUGCCGCCAUUUGAGAAACCACAGCACCCCAAAUCCUUCAAGCAGAGAAAAAGCUUUGCCACGAGAAAACAGGAGGUCGCGGGGAUCCGAACGAAGUUUCCAACUAAAAUCCCGGUUAUAAUUGAACGGUAUCAACGGGAGAAGUACUUGCCGCCUCUUGAUAAAACGAAAUUCCUGGUCCCACAAGAACUUUCCAUGACUCAGUUUGUUACCAUUAUAAGAAAUCGUAUGUCUCUGAUGCAGAGUCAAGCGUUCUACCUGCUCAUCAAUAAUAGUGGCCUGGCCAGCAUGUCUCUUACCAUGGCGCAAGUCUACAAGGACCACAAAGAUGACGAUGGAUUUCUCUACAUGACAUACGCUUCUCAAGAAAUGUUUGGUAGUUGUGUUGAAAUCCAUGAAGAGUCAGUGCCAAUUGCUGGGAAUGUUUGAGAAGAUCUAAAUUGCCGGAUUGGAUAAUGUGAGGCCUCAGCUUUUGGCAGGCCCAAUAACUGAACUUCGUGUAUAGAUAUGAAAUGCAAUUUAUAUAUAAGGAUAUUUAAAAUUACUCUGGAAAUGUUUUUGUAUUGUUUUUAAGGUAAUAAAUGUUUCAAACUUUA